CAUCAAUUGGUCGGGAGCCUGGAGCAGCUCAGCUCAGCUCACCUCCGGACGCGGCCAGCUAGCCAGCGCGCGAUGGUGGGCUACGGGGCGGCCGGCGUCGCCCUCCUCCUGGCAGCGGCCGCGCUCCUCGCCGCAGCGGCGAGGGCGGGGGACGCCGACCAGACGUGGAAGUGCUUCAGCUCGUGCUCGAAGGGUUGCCACGGCGACGACGGCGACGCUGCCGCCGAGGACGACGGCCCGUACGGGGACGUGGCGGCCAACGUCUCCGUUGGCGCCGUCACCGGCGAGUGCAAGAGCGGGUGCCGGAGCGACGAGUGCUUCGAGGGCGUGCCGGCCAUGGGCUACCACCAGUGCGUCUACACCGCCUGCCUCUCGUAUUCGUCGCAUAAAGAAGAGAAGAGGACGUGCUUGAAGCACUGCUGCCAUAAAUGCUUCCACCACCCUAGCCCUCCUGGGCCUGGUCCCGCCCCAAAGCCGCCAUCUCCAACUCCGCCUGGUCCUGCUCCUGAGCCACCAUCUCCGCCCAGUCCCGCUCCAGAGCCGCCAUCUCCACCCGGUCCCGCUCCGGAGCCACCGUCUCCAACUCCACCUGAACCCGCACCAGAACCGCCAUCUCCAACUCCACCUGAACCCACACCAGAACCGCCAUCUCCACCUGGUCCCGCUCCGGAGCCACCAUCUCCGACUCCACCCGGUCCCACCCCCGAGCCGCCAUCUCCACCACCAAGUUAAGCAGAAGACAUCUUGGAUCUUUGCAUGGAUGAGAUUUAAUGUGUAGCUAGGCUUGUGUGGGGUAGCAACUUGCCCUACUUGGUGGAGCGCCGAAAGUUUAUCUAUUGCUCUCUGCCCAUGUUGUACUCGACCGGUAUCAAUGCUUAAUUCUAAGAUUUGAUCACGAAUGAAGAGUAUGUUCUUGGAGUCGCUACUUGAUUGUAACAUCAUUCCACAAUUCUCACGCAAAAAGAAACAAAUAAACAUAUCU